CCCCCAUCAUCAAGUAAUUGGAAGGUUAAGACGGAGAGCAAGCGACUGCUCGGUCUCCAUCCACGACGCGCUCCAUCGCCCACCACAAUUCGCCCCUGCGGUGGCGACUCGCUGUGUUGUUUAGAAGCCGUCCCAUCUUUUGUUAUCCACUGAGCAUCAUCGAUUCCAUCUCGUGAUUCCUCCAUUUUGGUCGCUCGAUUCCUUCCCCAAUGGCUUUGGAUUCAGCCUCCUCCUCUUCUUUUUCGUCUCGUAGGUCCUCGAUUUUACCGGAAUGGUUGUGAUGGUACUGUCGGCGAUGACUAGUAUGUGCGCGAAUGAUGCAGUGGCGCCUCGUUCCCAUGCUUGAUGAACAUUGCCAAGAGCGUCUACCGCUGGAACCUCAUCUCUUUCGGCGGUGCGCGAUUCCGGAAGAGUUCCGCCCGCGGUAGCGUGCCUGCCCAUCACGUGUUCGUUUUUAUUCCUCGGUGGAGUCGACGACGACGGAGCGGUUUCCGGCUGGUUAGAAAUUGUAAGGACAAGGAGCAUCCCAGUAAGAGAUCUUGGUGGCAGAAGUUCUUUUCGGACAACGACGAUGAGAGCUGGUUCAGUUGGAGUGCUGAGGACGUGCUCGGCGUCGACGGGGUAGGUGAUGAGCACGGGGAAGAGGAAGGGAAGGAGGAUGAAAGGUUCGAGGCUUGGAAGAGCAGGGCUGAAGCGAUUGUCGAGCUCCGUGAAGCACAGGAGGAUGCGAGAAAUGAGGAGGGCCGAGCGUGGGAAGAUUGGCUCCGAGGUGAUGGAUUAUCUGGCGAGGGCUCUUCGUCAUGGGAUCAUGAUUGGGGUGGCGAAGCAGCAGAACCACCAGGGAAGGUGAAUGAUGAUCCGGAGGAGAUAAUGCGGGAGAAGGGUCUUGUUAGAGCCAUUAAAGAUGUGAUUGCUGAGAACGAUGAAGGGUUGUUAUUUGAGGAUAGAGUUUUCCAGUAUGCUUCGAUCAGCUCGGCAAAAUUUGUUGCUUUGUUGAUUCUCAUUCCAUGGAUUCUAGACUUUGUGGUUCAUGACUAUGUCCUGAUGCCAUUCUUAGACAGGUAUGUCAAGACUGUACCACUUGCUGCCCAGAUGCUUGAUGUUAGGAGACAACAGAAACUUGAGAUGAUAAAUACUUUAAAGCUUGAGAGAGCAAGAUUGCGCUUAGAGGUAGAGAUUGGUAAAUCCCCUCCCCUUUCAGAUGAAGAGGUCUGGUUGGAGAUGCGUUACAAAGCGAUAGAAUUAAGAGAUGAGCAGAGAUUAGAGAACCGAAGAGCAUUUGCAAACAUUUGGUCAGACUUGGUGUAUGGCAUUACACUGUUUGUUCUUAUCUACUUUAAUAAGAGCAAAGUUGCUUUGCUGAAGGUUACAGGAUACAAGUUACUAAAUAAUAUUUCAGACACUGGGAAGGCAUUCCUUAUUAUUUUAAUCACAGAUAUUUUUUUGGGGUACCAUUCUGAGUCUGGUUGGCAGGUUUUGGUUGAGAUUAUUCUUGAUCAUUAUGGACUUGAUGUUGACGAAGCUGCAAUAACCAUCUUUAUUUGCUCAUUUCCAGUCAUGAUCGAUGCCUGUGUGAAGCUAUGGCUAUUCAAAUUCCUUCCGAGGUUGUCUCCGAAUGUGUAUAAUAUCUUCCGUGAAAUGCAGCGUCAUUAGUGGUGUGCAACCUAAUUCUCACUUAUCAAGAAGGUUGCUUCGGCACAGGACGGGCUGGAUUGAAAUUUAAAGUUGGGACUCAAAAGAGGGAUUUCAUUUCUGCUUACCGGAUACUUUUACAAGUUCAUCAAAGCCCUUCUAGGCAUUUCCUCUUGGUAAUAACAUUCACUGCAUCGACAACCUUUUUUUUGACAAAUAGAUCACAAUUUUUUGCCCCACAAUUAACAGUUGGGUCAGAAGUGGAUUGUUUUCCUAUAGUAUAUGUGAACUAAAAUGUACAAGAUUCCCCACUACUUUUGGCCUGAAGUAGAAGUAUUCUCUUGAUCUGA